AUGAUCAAGCUGCUGCGGUCACCGAUCCAAGUCAACAGUAAGUUGUGGGGUUGAAACUGAAAGAUUACACCCUUCCUUUGCUUCUUUUUGAAGCUUCCAUAAGUUUAGACACUUCAAAUUGAACAGCUUUAUUUAAUUUCUCUAUCUAAGACCUAUGAUAAUGUAAACUUCCGAUUUUCAGAGACUUUGGAUAACUACUUGAGGCUAAGUAAGCUCCAAACCAUCCGGUUCUACGCCGUUCCUGGAGGAAAAGCCGUUUUCAGCCGCGAUAAACCUCAUUUGAACGUUGGAACAAUUGGUCAUGUUGAUCAUGGUAAAACAACUCUAACUUCGGCUAUUACUAAAGGUAUUUUUUGCUAUUAUUCUUGAAUUUUAGGUACCACAACUUAGUGACUGUUUGUUGAACCUAAUUUCUCCUGAUUUUCAGUCUUGGCGUCCAAGAAAGGAGCUAAAUUCACGAAAUACGAGGAUAUUGAUAAUGCUCCUCAAGAAAAAAUGCGUGGUAUUACCAUCAAUGCCGCUCAUUUGGAGUACACCACUGAGAAGAGGCAUUAUGCUCACAUUGACUGCCCUGGCCACGCUGAUUACAUCAAGAAUAUGAUCACCGGCGCUGCUCAGAUGGAAGGAGCUAUUUUGGUGGUGGCUGUCACCGAUGGACCUAUGCCUCAGGUAUGCUUUUAAGGGUUAUGUGGUGCUUUUGAAGUUUAGAGGAGCAUUUCAAACGUAAUAGACAUCGGUAUUACCGAAUAUAAUAGAAUUUAUGUCUAGUGCAAUAUAAGUCACCUUCCAUUUAACUAAAUUCUGGUAUUUUUCAGACUCGGGAGCACUUGUUGUUGGCGAAACAAGUCGGUGUUCCGCAAGAAAACAUUGCCGUUUACCUCAACAAGGCCGAUGAAGUCCCAGAUGCCGAAACUCGAGAACUCGUUGAAAUGGAGGUCCGCGAACUUCUCGCUGAGUAUGGGUAUCCUGAAUCGGCCCCAGUCAUCAUUGGUUCCGCCCUCUGCGCUUUGGAGGGAAAGAACCCCGAACUUGGAGAGCAGUCCAUCAAGCAACUUUUGGAUACCUUGGACAACUUCAAGAUCCCCGAAAGAGAUGUCAGCAAAUCUCCCAAAUUCUCGUGCGAGCAUGUGUACAACAUUCAAGGUGAGUAUUUUUGAUUUGUGCUUGGUUUUUAGGACAGGAGAGUUGUUUUGGCCGCUACAUGUGGUGUAACUUUCAGGCCGUGGAACCGUUGUGACCGGCAAGCUGGAAUGUGGAUCCAUCAAGAAGAACGACAAGGUCGAGGUCCUCGGAUAUGGCCGCACCUUCCCCUCGAUCGUCUCUGGCCUCGAGUCCUUCAAAAAGACCGUGGAUAUUGCCCAGCCCGGAGAUCAGCUCGGUAUUUUGCUGAAGAACGUCCCAGCCAAAGCGCUGCGAAGAGGUUGUGUCAUUGUUCCAGCUGGCUCAGAAGCCACCAAGAAUUUUACUGACAAAGUUAAGGCCCAAUUGUACUGUUUGAAGAAAGAAGAGGGAGGUUCGAAGAUCCCCAUGGCCAAUUUUGUGACCCAGCACAUCUUCUCCUUGACCUGGGACAACAAUGCGAGCAUGCAGAUUCAAGGAAAGGACUUCAUUAUGCCCGGAGAAAAUGCGGAGUAGGUUUGGAUUGUUAACUCUGAUUACAUUUUCUUCUUCACUUUGCUUUAUCUCUCCAAUUUUCAGAGUAACCCUCUCCCUGGCCCAUAAGAUGUACAUCGAGCCCCAACAGCGCUUCACCAUCCGCAAAGGAGAUGUUACAGUAGGUACUGGCGUCUUCCUCGAGGUCCUCCCACCCAAAACUGAGGAAGAAAAAGACCCCAAAUACCUGAAGAAACUGAUGAAAGCCGAGAUGGAACGUCUUGGCUUCAACCCAUACGGAGAGAACGCCGAGAAAAAGCUAAAACCCGACUAUUCCAAGGCCUCGGGCGAGAAUCCAGUGGCCAAGGAGUUCCAAGAAAAUGCCUAA